AUGUUCUUCCUGCUCAUGGAAAGGAAAGGGCAAUUCGCGUAAAUCAUUCUGAGUCAACGGUCAACUUGUAUGUUUAUUUCGCUUAGUAAGUAAUUAGCAAGACGAUUACUGUUGUUUAGGCUGCUAAUUACGGGGUAGAGGGCGGCACGUGUCGCCCAUUUAAGCCGCCCACUCCGCAACCGUUCUCCGCCGCCUCCGACCUCCAUUUCUCUGUUUCAUUUAGAGGAAGGAGAGAAGAAUUCCAGCUUCCUCGACCUCUCUCUUGCUUCCAUUGCACAGCGAUCCGUUCUGCAUUGUAAGCUUCAGACCCAAUUCUCAUAGAGACAGCUGCAGACACAUGGUUGCAUUUGGAUCAUGAUUUGCUCUUCUUCUAAUGUAUACGAUUUGCUAGUUGAUCAUUUGAAUCGUCUGUAAUAGAUGAAGAUGGAAUAUGAAGAGCGAUACCGACAGAUUCAGAGUCCUAAAUAUGAUUGCCUUCUCUUCGAUCUUGACGACACGCUCUACCCGUUGAGUUCCGGCAUCGCCGCCGAGUGCCGCAGAAACAUUGGAGAUUAUUUGGUUGAGAAGCUUGGGAUCGAGGAGAGCAAGAUAUCGGACUUGUGUAAUCUACUGUACAAGAAUUACGGGACGACGAUGGCUGGUCUGAGGGCCAUCGGCUACAGCUUCGACUAUGACGAUUACCACAGAUUCGUUCAUGGAAGAUUGCCAUACGAGAAUCUAAAGGCCGAUCCUGUGCUCGGGCCACUCCUCCUGAGCCUUCCGCUUCGAAAAGUCGUAUUCACGAAUGCCGACAAAGCGCACGCUGCCAAAGUGCUGAAGAAGCUGGGAUUGGAAGACUGUUUCGAAGGAAUCAUAUGCUUCGAGACUCUGAACCCACCGACCUCUUCCCGUGGAACGGAAACCUCAAGCGAAGUCUUCGACAUCGUCGACCACUUCGCUCGUCCUGUUGCCGGAGUUGCACUGCCGAGGACACCGGUGCUGUGCAAGCCAUCGCCGGACGCCAUGGAGCGCGCUCUCAGCAUCGCCAACAUCGACCCCCACAGAACAGUUUUCUUCGAUGACAGCGUGCGGAACAUUCAGGCGGGGAAACGCAUCGGUCUGCACACUGUGCUGGUGGGCACUCGGCAUAGAGUCAAAGGCGCUGAUCACGCUCUGGAGAGCAUCCACAACAUGAGGGAAGCAUUGCCUGAGCUGUGGGAGGAGGCUGAGAAAUCAGACAGCAUUCGGUACUCGGGCAAGGUUGCAAUGGAGACAUCGGUGACAGCUUAGUUCAUCAUCAUCAUCAUGAUCAUCUUCCUCUGGAGUUCAUGUGUACCUUGCACAAUUUGUAGCUCAGCUGUGUAGAACGAGUACCCAGAAAUAAAAACUUCUACACCUCCUUUCUGUCUA